AUGCCUCAUCUCCGCAACAUCCACGAGCUAUCUGGCGAGUAUCCUGAAGCACGAGAGUUAGUACAACGACUCGAACAACUGCAAUUAGACGUGCAACGUAUUACCCAGCAUGUGCGAAAAACAGGACAAUACCCGGAUUUAGGUGCACACACCGGGCCGAGAAAGCCCCGAGAAAGCGAAGUGCACCUGUACACCCACCAUACACCCCACCCGAAAGAAAGACCUGCAGCCACAUCCACCUCCGCAGUGUUCCUAUCACCCACACACACCGACACCGACACACUCAGAGACCAAUCCCACACCCCCUCUCACACCCGCGCCCACUCCUACCCGCCGGGCUCGCGCGAGCGUGAGGAAAUAGCGCUUAUUCCGUCACCCGCGCGGAAUAAGCUGGUGGUGCGGGCGCACUCGCAGGCCCACGCCCAGAUGCUCGAGGAUGCGACGGAAGGGGAUAUACGCGAUGUGUUGGGUGAUGCGGUGACGAGCAUUGCACACACCUUGGGCCUGUGUAAGGCAGUCGAAGGGGCUGUGCGUGCGGCCGAGGACAGGCACACGGUGGCCCCCAAUGGUCGACCUCCGUUCUCACACGCACGCUUGGCGUUGGUCAUGCAGGCUUUGGAGGAGCUGGAGGGUUCCGUGACAGAUGCGUUGACGAUGUUUGACCAAGUGCUCAAGCGGACGCGAGCCGAAGUUCGGGACACUGUCACUGACGUCAGACUCUCCGAUGCUCAGGAAGUGCAGCGCCUGCAAGACGAGAACGUCAUCCUUAACCAAGAGAUGCGUCGACUGGCGGAUCUUGAAACGCAGUGCAACGAUAAACUGCGAGUGAUGGAAAACAAGGCUAAAGUCUUCAAGAAGAGAUGUACGAAGAAGCUUGAGGAUGAACAUGUACGCGCGAAAGAGGACAGACGUGAUCUUGAAAAGACGCGGGCGUCGCUCAAUGACCACGUGCGCAUUCUGCACGAAGAGAGAGAGACGUGGCUCAAAGAAAGACUGCACCUGCAGCAGAUUACACACGACCAGCAACAAAUCACACGCACGCUCAAGGGGAGACUGCGUCGGCAAAAGGCUCUGUACGAAGCCAAAAGCGCACAACUGGCCAAUGCUCUCAAACAACGAGGUACCGCCUUGGUAUCACUGUCCACACGGUUGAACACUAUGAAGGAACACGCCAAUCAGAUCACGGGAGACGCGUCGUUUAAACAACUGUCCAAUCAGAUGGCUAAGAAGUUAAAAGCGCUUACCUUCCAGAAGGACUUCCUGGCCGUCACCAGCGCGCAAACCCUGGGUUCAAUGUAUAUCAGACCGUUCUUACGACAGACAGCGCGUGGGCGUUGGAGACGAGUGUUGGCUGUGGUGGUCGCAGCAGUGCGGUUCAAAAGAGCUGGAGUGCUCAAACGGGCCGAAGUGGCGCACAGCAUUGCCUGGCAGGAGAAGACAGCUGAGCUAUUCGACGGACUGCGGGACGUUCUCAGCAACACGGUGAGCCUGGUGUCGGCUGUGCAAACAGAGCUAGACGUAUCGGUACUAAGGACCACUGCCGAUAAUCUUAUCGAACUCGAUGCCAAUGCCACAGACACCUCACAAUAUGGGUCGCCUCUGAUGCCGUCUAGUGGCCACACGGGAGGGAAUACCAUGCAUCUGAAUAGCCAUAGUGCCAAGAGUGGUAGUGCGAUGUAUGAGAGUGUGCAUAUUAACGGGAAUACAACACGUUCAAAGGGACAUAGGGGUGUUAAUCUGCUGUACGCGGACGGCCCCAAGAGUGCGAAUAUGGGCAGAUAUAACGAGUACGAUGAGAAUGGUGCGCGUGUGCGCAGUGGCAGCUACGCCGCGGAGGACUAUGGGAGUCGUGGGAGGGUAGGCCGAAGGAGUGCUAAAUCACCGGCUAGCGAUAUUGAACAGGAGAGGGUCAUGUUGUCGCUCUCAGAACUGGACAUGAGGUAGUGCCGGCAAUCAGUCGCCGCUAAAUUAAUAAAUAUGAAUAGGAG